AUGAGAAUAGUCUUGUCGAGAGAGGACUCAUACUCAUCGUCAGACAUUCUCAACUUUUGAGAUUAGCCAAUCAAAGUGGUGCCACAACUAACAUCUCAUCUAGCUCAGCCUUAAAUCAGUACUUCCUGCAACUCCUUUCACGCAAUCAUCCAAAUAAAACACCAGCCACAUAGAUACCAAGGUGUUGAACUUGCAUUAAUGCACUAUAAGAAGAGCAAGUGUAGCAGAGUUCCAUCACACACUUCAAACAACCAUGAGUUCAACUCCCAGUACGAGACUCAGCCAGCAGGAACACUUUCAUCUUGAAGAUUCUGGCCAAAUAGAGAGGUCCCUUUGGGUUCUGGAACCUCCCAAUCCACCACCUCUAAGGAACAAGCUAUUCACUCCACUCAAGAAAUCCAUCUCCUCUUUCUCAUCCAAUAACAAGCCUUGCCAUCGACGUCUUCUUUCAUUCUUAGAGACUUUGUUUCCCAUCCUUUGCUGGUUCAAAAGUUACACAGCCUCAAAGUUUAAAAAUGAUUUGCUAGCCGGUUUAACUCUUGCUAGCCUCAGCAUACCGCAGAGUAUAGGAUAUGCUAAUUUGGCGAAGCUUGAUCCUCAGUAUGGCUUGUACACCAGUGUUGUUCCUCCUCUUAUCUAUGCUGUGAUGGGGAGUUCAAGAGAAAUAGCCAUUGGACCUGUAGCUGUAGUAUCAUUGCUUCUGUCCUCCCUAGUCCCCAAAGUGGUAGAUCCUGCUGCUGAUCCUGAUGCCUACAGGAGUGUUGUCUUUACCGUGACCUUAUUUGCUGGAAUCUUUCAAGCUGCAUUCGGUAUUUUCAGGUUGGGGUUUCUUGUGGAUUUUCUUUCACAUGCUGCACUUGUUGGAUUCAUGGCAGGCGCAGCCAUCGUUAUUGGUCUGCAGCAGCUGAAGGGGUUGCUGGGGAUUACUCACUUUACCAACAAAACUGAUGUAAUAUCCGUGUUGGAGUCUGUAUACAAGUCACUCCGCCAACAGAUAACAUCAACAGAAAAAUGGUACCCUCUGAAUUUUGUCAUCGGGUGUUCAUUCCUGAUAUUCCUGUUAAUAGCUCGAUUUGUUGGCAGAAGAAACAAAAAACUUUUCUGGUUGCCAGCUAUUGCUCCUCUUGUGUCGGUUUUACUAUCAACUUUAAUUGUUUAUUUGUCAAAAGCUGAUCAGAAUGGGGUUAAUAUAGUAAGGCAUGUCAAAGGAGGCUUGAACCCAAGUUCAGUUCACAAGUUACAAUUUCAUGGUCCAAAUGUUGGACAAACAGCUAAAAUUGGAUUGAUUUCUGCCGUUAUUGCUCUCACUGAAGCAAUAGCAGUUGGUAGAUCUUUUGCUUCCAUUAAGGGAUACCAUCUUGAUGGCAACAAAGAAAUGUUGGCAAUGGGAUGCAUGAACAUUGCGGGAUCUCUCUCUUCAUGCUAUGUGGCAACUGGUUCUUUCUCAAGGACUGCAGUAAAUUUCAGUGCAGGAUGUCAAACAUCAGUAUCAAAUAUUGUGAUGGCAGUUACUGUGUUUCUGUGUCUUGAAUUGUUUACAAGGCUUCUGUACUACACUCCUAUGGCCAUACUUGCAUCUAUCAUUCUCUCUGCACUUCCGGGAUUAAUUGACAUAAAUGAAGCUUGUUAUAUUUGGAAGGUUGACAAAUUUGACUUUCUUGCUUGCAUUGGUGCCUUCUUCGGAGUCUUGUUUGUAUCAGUGGAAACUGGUCUUCUUGUUGCAGUCUCAAUCUCCUUUGCAAAGAUACUGAUACAAUCAAUCAGACCAGGGAUAGAAGUUUUAGGCCGAGUUCCAAGAACAGAAGCUUUCUGUGAUGUUAGUCAAUAUCCUAUGGCCACAAGCACUCCAGGCAUUUUGGUGAUUCGCAUAAGUUCUGGUUCACUCUGCUUUGCAAAUGCUAAUUUUAUUAGAGAAAGAAUACUGAAGUGGGUAAUGGAAGAAGAAAACGAACUUGCCAAGGGAAGGGUCAAUUUCCAAGAACAGAAGCUUUCUGGAAGGGUCAAUGCAGUGAUCUUAGACAUGGGCAAUCUCAUGAAUGUUGAUACUUCUGGGAUUCUAGUACUGGAGGAACUGCAUAAGAGGUUGUUUUCGCGUGGCGUACAGUUGGCCAUGGUGAACCCCAGGUGGCUAGUGAUUUACAAGCUCAAAGUGGCAAACUUUGUGGAUAAAAUUGGAAAGAAAUGGGUUUUUCUUACUGUUGCUGAAGCUGUAGAUGCAUGUCUAUCUUCAAAAUUUCCUGAACCAUGAUUUCAUUGGCCUUAUCUGUAAUGAUAGAUGUUUGACGUUGUUCGCUCCCACUGUUAGUGGAACUGUGUCCUGUACGAAAAAAAGUCAUGUAUGGGAGGGUAUUGUUUCACAGAAGGACACCUUGCACGGACAAUUUUGGUAGAAGCAAUGUCAAACAAUCAACUACAAAUAAAAUAAGCAUUUCAUUGCU